AUGAAGAUAUAUCUGCUGAAUCUUCCACCCGCUAUUUACGGGAAUUCCAAAGAUUCUGAUGACAAUUCUGGAUCCGCUCCUGUUCUCAGCGAAUCAAAGCGGCACGUGCAUCGCAUCACAUUCAAUCACACCUGUCAAGUUCCCAAAGUAAUGGCCAUUUGGCCACACAAAACGCUGAAACCAAGAGCUGAUGAGAUAACCUUAUACGAAACUGGCAGAAUUGAUGGCCAACCGCUUACGGAUACGACGGAUGCAUCGCAUCAGUUUUCGUCCAACGAGUGUUCAUAUUCUGGGGCCAUGGACCGCAAUACGACGAGAAAUUGUCCAGGAAUUCAACGGUUUGCAUUUCGAUUAGGAUGCCCCAGCCACUUGAAGUUCAAACCCCACAUCCGUCAAAAAAAGAUACUGCACAUUCUGUCCAACAAGCUGUGCUUCGUGAGCAUUUUCAGGACCAAUGAGACAUGGAAUGCAUAUGCCUCUGGUGUCAUAAUUUUCCUGCGUACCUCUGUACUCAACGACGGUUUGGGGAUGUUCGGCCUGGCCAUUGCUGGGAUUCCAAGACUGAAUCGGGUGCCAUGGAAUGCCAAGGUGUCGGUUCGCUGCUGUGGUCUGCUUUGCGAACUCAUUCCGUUGGGUCAUUGGGCAGUGGCGCGACUGGGUGGUUUGGAGAACGAGCUAGUCAGGGUAGGUGUUCCACGCUUGCGGUGCCUGCAUUGUGGUCAUGCAUUGUUCUGCCUCGUCGCCUCUGCUUUCUAUGCCGCCAAAAUCCCGGAGCGCUGGUUCACCGGAAAGGUGGACUUCAGGGGUCACUCCCAUAACUGGCACCUGAUCAUUGUGGCAGCCUUCUGGCUUCACUGGCACAACACUGGACUGGUCUAUGCUGAAUACGCCUGA